GUAUAUUCAUAGUAAAGAGAAGCCGUUUAAAUGUACGGAAUGUGGCAAAGGAUUCUGCCAGUCUCGGACUUUGGCAGUCCACAAGAUCCUGCACAUGGAGGAAUCGCCGCACAAGUGUCCGGUCUGCAGCAGAUCCUUCAAUCAACGUUCGAACCUGAAGACGCACCUGCUGACCCACACGGACCACAAACCGUACGAGUGCAACUCUUGCGGAAAGGUGUUCCGAAGGAACUGCGAUCUUCGCAGACACGCUCUGACCCACGCCGUAGGAGACGUCCCAGCCGACGGUCUCGGCGAUGGUUUCAUACCGCCAGAAUCGAUGUCUCCGCGUCCGCACAGCCCCGAACGCGACGACCCCAUAAGGAUUUCAUCCCCGAUACCGGAGCGCACUCAAUGCCAUGAACCUUGCACUUCCUACACGAUGAGACCGAACCCGGAGGAGCGUCGCAUCCAUUUAGAAGACGAAGAUGAGGACCUCGAAGAUGACCCAGAGAUCGAUCCAGGACAAGAGGAGCCGCCCAACUUGGAAGGAAAGGAGAAACCUAAGGAGCCGCAUCAUCCGCAGCUGCAGAUCAGAAGGGAUUUGCUACCGCCGCAGAAGCCGUCAACGAUAACCAGUCCGAUGGAACACCACUUCUUAGGGCCGUUCCGGAAGCGCAGAUACAGCGAAGCCACGAACCUAUCCAUGGGUCGACACUCUCCGCCACCUGUGAUGAGCAUGCGUUUAACCAUGCCUUCAAAUCUGAUGCCGCAGAGCAUACCGAUACCACCCAGUCCAACCAUUCUCAAACCACCCGACAUCCUCAUCCCUAACAACUCGCAACUACUGAAUCUGGCAGGUCCCAGCACGUCUAAAAUCUCCUCCCUGGACGUUCCCAGCGAUCUUUCCAUGAAGAAAGACGACUCCAUCCAGCAACCCAUCCAACCUCCACCUCCACCACGUCCACCGCAAAAUCCGCCAAAGAAAACUGGAUUCACCAUCGAGGACAUCAUGAGGCGGUAGUUGACAGCAACGCGCAUCAUCCUCCCCCCUCCCAUGUUCCUCACUAACACCCCCCGUUUUAACCAAUCCGUCAAAAACCAGGGUGAAAUAAUUAAACUAAAAAAAAAAUAUAAACCUGUAAAUAAAUAAUUUGUACAUACGCAACUUAUUAAUUAUCUUCUUUUGUAAAUCGUUUAUUUUAUUAUUAUUUUAUUAUUUUUUUUUUAAUAGGAAGGGACCUUAUCUCGCAAUCUGUGAAUAUACGUACAUGUAAAUGAACUUAGUUUAAUUAAGAUCACUAAUUUCAUCCGCAAUUAACGUUACAAA